AUCCAGCUGCAGGUAAGAAGCACGCAAUGAUAAUGAACACGUGUGUACAUGAUGUUAUAACUUUUUUCAUCAUCAUGCAUGGAAUGGUGCUGAAGAGUAAUGGAAGCGAAAAGUUUCAGUUCUGGAAAUACAGACUUCUCGCCACAACAAACUCUACAACGAGAGACACAAUGAACACUACAGGUGGGACUCUUUUCAAUACUUCAAUAUGCUCUCAAGAACCCGUUAAGGGAAAUUGUAGGGCUCAUCUUCAGCGUUGGUACUACAAUUCAAGUUCCGGUAAUUGCUCUGUCUUUUACUACGGUGGCUGCGGUGGCAAUGAGAACCGCUUUUUUAACUGCCUGGAGUGCAUGGGGAAUUGCGGCUACCAAAAUUUUAGUGAAACUGCCUCGAAUAUAACAGCAAUCUGUAAUCAGCUUGAAGAAGCCGCUGAUGAAUAUGACUCAUGGGAACACGAACUAAUUUAGACUGGCGGAAAUGAAAGCAUAAAACAUCAUGUGAAGACAUACAAAAAGAAUUAAUAAGAGCCACCUGAGAUUGUAAAAAUGUUCUGGGUCUUUGUGCUUCUUCUGGUGUUUUUCAAUUAAGAGGCAAUAAAAGUCACUGGUAUAGACAAGAAUAA